AUGCUCGGAGAGCAUGCGCAAGGGGAAGAGGAAGGCAUGGAGCAGAUGUAUACACUGGAAAAGAUUGUCACACACCCCAAGAUUUUGCAUGAUCCGAAAGGGAGUAUACUCUAUGAUAUCGCUCUGGUAAAGUUGAGCAAGACCGCUCACAUGUCCGAAUACGUGAGCACCAUCUGUAUCGAGCCCAACUACACCGUGCGCGAUCACAGCCACUGCGUCACUGCGGGACGAGGAACGUUAGUGGAAGUAGACGCUUGUGGUGUGGGAGCGGAAGUGCCGCACCAUGCGAGUUUACAGAUCGUGCCCUAUGCCGUCUGCGCAGACCGCUACGAUCUACUUCCGGAGGAAGACCGCUUUGAGAAUUUCGUCAUCGACGACUCUGUUAUUUGCGCCAUCGCUGAAGGCAGGGGCUCCUGUCAUGGCGACUCGGGCGGUUCGCUGGCGUGCUUCCAUGACGGCCACUGGACACAAGUGGGCGUGGUCUCUACUGGUUUUAGAUGCACCCACCCACUGUAUCCCGGGAUCUACACGCUCAUUCACCACUUUUACGACUGGAUAAAGACUGUCAUUGAGUCCAACUGA